CAGACCUCGUGGAUCACCUCCGAAGACUGCAUGGGACUCGUCAUGCGUAGGUAACAUCGCUCAGCGAAGUCGGCUCUCGAACCCUCCAUCAUCAAAUUACUCAAUGUUGUCCAUCUCAGGCCGGACUCGCGACCGCGCUGCUCCUAUUUUAGAAUAACCAACUUCCCGCCCCUAUCCGACCCCGGCGUUAAGCCAAGAUGACCGUCACGCACCCCAUUCCGCCGGAAUCACUUCCCUCCCUGCCACUCUUUCUUGAGGCCAGAAAGCAGGCGUGGAGUGACUGCAGUAAAGUUGCGAUCAUUGAUCAAUCCAAAAAUGAGAGCUUUACAUAUGGCCAGUUGCUUGUCGACGUCUCUUGCUUGAAGCAACGGAUCCUGGACACUCUAUCAUUAAAGGACCUAGAUGAGAGACGAAUCGCGUUCCUGAUUCCAUCUGGAUAUGACUAUGUCGUAUGUCAGUGGGCAGUAUGGGCCGCUGGCGGCAUCUGUGUCCCACUGUGCGUGACUCAUCCUGUGAAGGAGCUACUCUACACAAUUUCCGACUCUAACCCACGCUUGGUGAUAUUGCACGAUUCCUUUGGCCAUAGGAAAGAUGCACUGGCAGAAAGCUGCUCAAAUGUCACCUUUUUGGAUCUGGCCCCAUUGGCUUCGACCACGCCAGAGACCAUAGUGCUUCCGCCAUUCCAUCCACCGUUUGACUUGUCCAGACGUGCGUUGAUGAUUUACACCUCCGGGACCACGGCGAACCCAAAAGGAUGUAUCACAACCCACAAAAAUGUUAUGUUCCAAUCCAAUUGUUUGAUCGAGGCGUGGAAAUAUACUUCCUCGGACCACCUCAUACAUGUUCUUCCAUUGCACCAUAUUCAUGGCAUUGUCAAUGGCCUCGUCGCCAUGUUACUCAGCGGCGCUACGGUGGAAAUGUACCCUCGCUUCGACCCCGCAAUUAUUUGGGAAAGAUGGUCUAGCAGGGGCUCUUCAACCAUGUUCAUGGCCGUUCCAACUGUUUAUUCGAAGCUGGUGGAUUAUUUUGAUGCACAUAUCAGGUCCACAGGUUUGGAAGCCACGGCUAGAGCAGGCGCAAAUUCAUUGCGCUUGGUGGUAAGCGGUUCUGCCGCCCUGCCAACCCCGAUCAAAACCAAAUUUUUCGAAAUUACUGGCCAAACGUUGCUAGAACGGUAUGGAAUGACAGAAAUUGGAAUGGGGCUAAGCUGCGGUCUGGAAGUGGACAAGAGAAUUGACGGAAGUGUUGGUUGGCCACUACCAGGUGUGGAAGUUCGGCUUACGACCCGAGAUACUGGAUGUAUCAUCCCAUCGGAAUCUGACGAAGACGGAAUGAUAGAAGUCAAGGGUGAUAACGUGUUUUUAGAAUAUUGGGGGCGGCCUGAUGCGACAAAGAAAGAGUUUACGUCCGAUGGAUGGUUCAAGACCGGCGAUGUCGCAAAGAGAAAUGAGAACGGUGCUUACUUCAUUCAGGGACGCGAGUCCGUGGACAUAAUCAAGUCUGGAGGCUAUAAAAUCUCCGCUUUAGAAGUUGAAAGAAAAAUGCUGGCCUUAGACGCCAUACAGGAAGUUGCGGUUGUUGGGUUGCCCGACGAGGAAUGGGGCCAACGUGUCGCUGCCAUCGUAAAGCAGAGACAAGGGACACCACAGUUAGAAAUACAGUCGCUCCGCGCCGAGCUGAAGAAAGAAAUGGCCCACUAUAAGGUGCCUACCGUUCUGACGGUCGUGGAUGUCAUCGAAAGGAACGCUAUGGGCAAAGUGAAUAAAAAGGAUCUUGUUAGAAAAUAUUGGCCUUGCAAUUGA